UAAAUGUAGGUGGACAUUUAUGUCCUUUGUAUAUACCUUGCCUUUUAAGUACACUUAUUUUCUACCUCUAUUUUUCUUUCUUUCUUCUUCUACUUACCUUGUGUGACUCUCUAGCAAGAAACUCUCUCUUUCUCACUCUCUUUUCUCUCCAUAAUAAGUGACUCCUACUUCAUCAUACUCUCAGAGGGCAUGCCUGAAUGUCCAGAGAAAGGGAGAGAUUUGAUGAGAUAGGAAAGAAGAUCAAAAGGGAAGGAGAUCAUCAUCAUCAUCAUGUUUCAAAUUCUUCUCCUCAGAUGGGAAGAAGACAUAUGUUAGGUCCACCAGGAACCCUAAAUACUAUAACCCCUUGUGCAGCAUGUAAGCUUUUAAGAAGAAGAUGUGCUCAAGAAUGUCCUUUUUCUCCCUAUUUCUCCCCCCAUGAACCUCAGAAAUUUGCUUCUGUUCACAAAGUUUUUGGUGCCAGCAAUGUCUCCAAGAUGCUAAUGGAGGUAGCAGAAUGUUCUAGAGCAGAUGCAGCUAAUAGUCUUGUUUAUGAAGCAAAUGUGAGACUAAGAGAUCCAGUUUAUGGAUGCAUGGGUGCAAUUUCUGCAUUACAACAACAGGUUCAAUCUUUACAAAGUGAACUCAAUGUAUUAAGAGGUGAAAUACUUAAAUACAAAUUAAGAGAAGCAGCUAACAUCAACAUGAAUAACAUGAAUAAUAUGAAUAUGAACAUGAAUAUGAAUAUGCUACCACCUUCUUCUCAUCAUGUUCCAAUGCUCCCUUCUAAUUCUGCUGCUGUUUCAAUUGCUGCUCCACCGCCGCCGCCUCCUCCUCCUCCUCCGCCUCUACCUCCUACAACCUCUAAUUCCUCUUCUUCCAUAUACUACCAGCAGAGGGAUCCCAACAGCUAUACCAGAAUUUCAAGUGAUGAUAAUAUUUCAUAUUUUGGUUAACUUUGCCACUUGCUCUAAAUUAUAAUUAUUCCAUCUGUCAUCAAUCAAUUAAGUAAGGAAAAAUGAGAGUAAUAUUGAUGCUGGAUCCUUCUGUAUGUCAUUAAUUAUUAAUUUUGUGUUAUUGUAUAAGUAUUAAUCCUAAUAUUAUUAUUAAUGCUGACAUGUAUUUUAGAAAUAAAUGAGCAUGUGAUCAUAUCUGUAGAAACAUGUUAAUCUGUGCCACUGCUCUUUCUACCAUGUUGCGGGAGACAAAAGGAAUGCUAGCUAGCUUGCUUGUGAAUUGUGUUCUUCAACAUGAAUCUACUAUUUGAAUCACAAUUAAUAAUCUCUCCGAAAUAUCCUGCAAUAUGAUAGCAUCGACACUUCUAGAAAAAAAAAAAAGAUCCCAUUCAAAUCAUUAUCGAUAUAGACGUAUCAGAGUGUUGGUGCCGUAUCUGUGGAAUAGUUACGGAUGUAGUAUAUGAUUUGAGUAUAGUAGUAAUAGUAUAUUAUAUAGAUAUAGUCAAACUAUAUUUAUUAUCAUUUAUUGCAACUAUACCUAAGGGUUAAAGUAGAUAUUUUGUAACAUAUUUGGUGGAUGGUCAUACUCCAUUGAGAACUAUUUAAAUUUCCUUGGCGUGAGGAUUUCAGCUAGUCCAGAAUUGGCGCCAAGAGAAUGAAUAUCUUAGUCGUAUAAGCAACAAAUUAAUAUAUGAAGAUAAAGACUUGCACUCU